AUGACACAGGAACAGUGCCUGGACUCGUUUGCUGAAAGGACGCGAGCCUUCCAGAUCGAUGACUCGCAGGAGGAGCUCGGUCAUGGUAACCAUAUCAAUUAUGGACCAGAGGCGUACAACAAGCCCAAGAUCUAUCAACGUGAUCUUGGACAGCUCUCGGUCAUCGGUAGCCUGAAGCGUGUAAAGUAUGGGACCUGGCAUCAAGAGCCAGCAUGCCUCAUUUCGAUGAAGUUCCAGUUCCAAAAUGGCAACGCCCGGACUCUGCGUUUGACGAAAGCAGACAUUCAGAUCGAGUUCACAUCGCGGCCAGUAAGUACACCAGAUGCAGAUCCAAAGCUGCUGGAAUAUGGACCGAAAUAUCUCCAGUCGAACGGGACGAUAGAGAAUCGCACUUGGAACUAUGUUGCGACGCUGUCUGCGAAUGCGACACUUGGUUCCGCGGAGGUCGGACCACAAUUGGAGUUGGGCGCAGGAGGGUCUUUUUCGAAGAACUUCGCAGCUGAGGUCGAGGUGGAUGAUUGGGGAAACGGCAACCAUCAACGCCCUAAUUGUCUCAGGGUCUGGAUGAGGGAAGAUAAAAAGCAAGAAUCGGGGAUUCCUCAGGAGCUGCACCUAACGGCCAUCGUGAGCUCUUCGGGGGCCAUGCAGGCCACAGUGCAGGUUCGCGCCAACAACAUCUUUCACUUGUUGGCGUGGCCGUGGUCUGCGCGCGAUCCCGUACUCUUGCAACCAGGGGUAGAAUAUGGAGAUAAGAUUCGUGAUGUGGACUUUGACUUUUCAGCGUUGACUUCGGAUGAGUGGCGGCGGAUGGUGACACCCGACCUUGAAAGCAGGUAA